CCCUCUUUUAUUGUCGUUUAAUGUGGGCUCGAGAAGCACAUUCGUUUGAUAUUUAUAAUGAUUAGAGAGAUGGUGUUCAUAAGAGUAACCCAUGCGUCGAUUGUACGUGGAAUAUAGGCCGAAAUAGGCCGUGCAGAUUUAACCAAAAGACCAAAUGUAUUUGACCUAUGUUAGAAUUGGAGCAAGUAAUUUUCAUAUGUAUACUUUUUUCAUUAUUUUACUUAAAUUUCUACAACUUGAACUUAUUUGAAAAUAAUGAUAGAUUUGAUUAAACUCUAAACCGAGAUCAUACAAAAUUAACCAUAUUCAGAUUUUACAUUGUAUAGUAUUUAUUCAUAAACAUAAUUUUUAGAAAUAAAUCGGAACACAUCGAACCAAAAUUAGAUUAAAAUCCAUAUUGCAAACCUAAUAAUAUAAGACUAAUCCAACUUUGAAUGGACAAUGGUAAUAUUGAUUUCAUUUUUCAACCAGAAACCAUAAUAUUACUCUGUUUCAAUACAUUUAUUCAAAAUUCACAAAUAUGUAUAACGAUUAUUAACGCACAUCAUAAUUCUUCUCAAAACUAACAGUUAACAUACAUCAACAUUCCUAUGUUUCAAUAAAUGUUUAAAACACACAAAUAUAUAUAACGCACAUCAUAAUUCUUCUCAAAACUCUAACAUUUAACCUACAUAAAAUUAAUUAUGUAUAAAAUUUUAAAUUACAAAAUUAUGUACAAAAUUUAGAAAUAAUUUAAUCAAAAUUCGGUUGAUAAAAAAUAUUUUUCACUUUGAAAACCUGGAUUAAAAUCUAGUAAGUUGUGAAUAUUCCUUUGUUUCAAUACAAUGUUAUAUAUAUAUCUUUUUUUUGUGACACAGUUAUAUAUUAUUUUCUUCUUCUUUUUUGUAACACAAUACAAUGUAUUCAACCCAUUAUGAUUUGGAACAAAAUCAAUGUCCUCAUGCACAUCUCAUCGAACGCUUGUUAUAUAUAUCAAUGCAAAAGAAACAAACAUCAUUCACAACAUUCAGUUCUUAAAAAAUGGCAAAUAUCCAAAGAAUACAAGUUCUUGUGGUAAUGAUAAUAUCUCUACGCAUCCAAAUAGCUCUCUUACAAGCUGAAACCAUUGCUUCAUAUGUUCAUCCAAAUAUCUCUACUCUCAAAUCAAUAGUGAGGAUAACAAAUCGCCUCGGUGAUGGUUCCACAUUAAACCUCCACUGUAAGUCCCCAGACGACAAUCUCGGUCUCAAAAUUCUAGCUCCGAAUAAGUCUUGGUCAUUUACGUUUAGACCAAAUAUUUGGGGGACGACAGUAUUUUACUGUCAUUUCACAUGGCCUCGAGGACACUCAACACACUUUUAUAUAUACGAUGAUAUCAGAGAUGGUGUUCAUAGGGGUAUUCCUUGUAUCUACCAAUUUCAAAAAUCUAAAACUCAAAUCUACAAUAUUUCUUUAAAAAAUGAAAGCUUUCCAAAAAUAACAGUUUUUACGAAAAUUAUUUAAAAAUACAACAUUUUGAUGAAAAUUUUCUCAAAGAAUACUCAUCCAUAACAAAUAUUCGUUUUAUCUUAAUUUCUAAAUCACAAACCU